UUUACCCAUCUCUAAGUGUUCUUUAUGAAUCAAUUGUUUAUUUUCUCUUCCUUCGCCCAAUAUUACAGAACAUUUUAAAGCCACCGAGACACUAGCCGAGCAGUUGCUUUUGCAGUUAGUCACCAGGACAUAAGGAUAAGCGAGAAUCCAGAAUGUGGAAGGCAACGGCCGGUCACCAGAUACAAGAAACCAGCGCCGCUCCGGACGACGACUGGGAAACGGACCCAGACUUCGUCAACGAUGUCAGCGAACAGGAGCAGCGCUGGGGAUCGAAAACGAUCGACGGCAGCGGUCGCACUGCAGGCGCCAUCGACAUGGACAAGCUGCGGGAGGAGACAGAGAAGGCCGAUCUGGACAAGAAGAAGCAACUGCUGAAAGAGCAGAACGCUGGGUAUGGCUAUGGUGGCAAAUUCGGUGUGGAGAAAGACCGCAUGGACAAGUCGGCUGUGGGUCACGACUACCAGGGGAAGGUGGGAAAGCACGCUUCCCAGAAGGACUACAGCGAUGGAUUCGGCGGAAAGUUCGGCGUUCAGUCGGAGCGCGUGGACAAGUCUGCCGUGGGCUGGGAUCACAUCGAAAAGGUGGAGAAGCAUGCCUCUCAGAAGGACUACGCCACGGGCUUUGGCGGCAAGUUCGGAGUGCAAUCUGAUCGAGUGGAUAAAUCAGCAGUGGGCUGGGAUCACGUCGAAAAAGUGGAGAAGCACGAGUCCCAGAAGGACUACUCCAAGGGAUUUGGCGGCAAAUUCGGGGUGCAGGAAGACCGGAAGGACAAGUCUGCCGUGGGCUGGGACCACAUCGAGGCCCCACAAAAGCACGCUAGCCAGGUGGAUCACAAGGUCAAGCCGGUAAUUGAAGGAGCAAAGCCCUCAAAUCUGCGUGCCAAGUUCGAGAACCUUGCUAAGAACUCCGAGGAGGAGUCUCGCAAGCGAGCCGAAGAGCAGAAGCGGCUGCGCGAAGCCAAGGACAAGCGCGAUCGCGAGGAAGCCGCCAAGCAAACCGUAGCGGAGAACACUCCCCGGACCUCGACGGAAACGCCUCCUCCGAAGGGCAGUAGGGCGGCUAUCCAGACAGGUCGAGCUGGUGGGAUCGGAAAUGCCAUCAGUGCUUUCAACCAGAUGCAGUCGCCGGUGUCGGAGACCCCACCUGCUCGCAAGGAACCCAUCAUCAUUCCCAAGGCGCAGCCGGCUAAAGUGGAGGUGAAAGCAGAGCCAGUAACCGUCCCAGCUGCUGCUACCUCAGCACCACCAACGCCUGAUCGUGCUCCCGCUCCAGUAGUGGAGACUGCGCCAGUAACCAAGGUUGCAGCACCACCACCAGAUGUGGUGCCGCAAAUUGAGGUGGAAACCGUAGCUACGCCUCCCAGAAGCGAACCGGAAUCGCCAGUGCAUGUGCCAACGCCCCAAGCUGAUCCUGUACCCCAACCACAAGCCGAACCCGAGCCAGUGAUCGAAGAGGAGCCCCUGUACCAAAACCAGGCUGAGGUCAAGGCUGCCUCACCGCUGCCCGCUACAAAUGGUGCAGCUUCUGAGGCAGCAGCAGCACCAGCAGUCGAGGAGGCCAUUUAUGCGAACUCUGACAAUCUGGCUGACUACCUUGAAGACACUGGUAUACAUGCUAUCGCUUUAUACGACUACCAGGCUGCCGACGACGACGAGAUCUCCUUUGAUCCGGACGACGUCAUCACCCAUAUCGAAAAGAUUGACGACGGCUGGUGGCGGGGCUUGUGCAAGAACCGAUACGGCCUCUUCCCGGCAAACUAUGUGCAGGUUGUUGGUCAAAAUUCCUCUUAAAUGCUUCCGAAUGAGAUUCACGAUAGAACAAAAUCAAACUGUAUUUACCUACUAACAUUAACGAUACUACUUAGUACCGAUUUGCUACCUUUGCUACCUUUUCCUCCCAUCACGCAUAUCCAUUGUUUUCCUUUAAUCCCAAUCCCUCCAUUUUAUGUGCAACGAACGGCUAGAGUUUAAAAUUAUUAUUGUAUUUUUGAUGCCAGCGUUAGAACCAAUCGAGGUAUUCCAUAUUUUAAAUAUCAUUUUACAUUCUACUAUGUAUUUAAAUCGUGUAUUUUCCCAAGAAAAUACUGCAUGCUAUUUAUGUUUUCAAUUAAGCGAUUUAUGGGCAACAUUUACUGCAACAUAAAAUGCUCAUUUCAUAUUUUAUGCGUUGACUAUGAAGUUUGAUGUACUAAGUAACGAUUUUGCUCGUUUUAAAUUGUAUAAAGUCUACGAGAGUUUCCCGCGUCAGGUGAGAUCUAAUGUUGAAGACAGUCACAACAAAAAGUCUGCUCUUUUGAUAAAGAAAUACAUAAUUAAUAAAAAAUUAUUAAUAACUAA